UUAUUCCAACAUCUUUACCUAAUCUUUACCUUAAAAAAAUCACCUGUCCUUACAAUUCUUGCAAAAUGCCAAUUCAGGUAAAAGUCCACACCACGAACCUACCACAACAUUUCCAAUAGGAAUUCCACAGCCCUAACUUCUCAAGGCAACACUUUGUUUACAGGACUUCUCUACCCCGUAGAGCCGGCGCGCUCUCGUCCCUUCUCUGGCUGGCGCCUGGCUCUUCCCGUAACUCGUGGGUGUUCUUGUGCCCUUCUUUACCUAAGCCCCCGUAUACCCUUACCCACGCACAUACACACAUUCCGGGGCAAAAUUUAUGGAUUUGUUAUAAAAACUAUCCAAACGAUCGUAGUCCGCUGUCAGUUACGUUUCAAACCACGAUCACAGCACAUCGUGAUCUCGUCGGAAGAUCCGCAUCAUUCCAAGAUGUUCAGGAAAUACAGUGUGUGCGCUGUUGCGAUAGUGCUGUACGUUCUUAUCGGGCUGGUUAGUUCGACAGGGUUCUACAUCGACAAUGGUGUCGAUCAAACCGUCCGGGAGAAGAGUGUCGAGCUGCACGAGCGGCAAGAGAUUGAGCAUGAAAUUCUCGAACUGCUGGGUCUUCCCGAUCGUCCCAACAAGCAGCAUGUGCAUCCUUCCUUAAGAAAAUCAGCACCCCAGUUCCUGCUCAACAUCUACCACAAGUUUACGGAGGAAAUGACCGGUGGCCGGCGGCGGAAACGGUACGCGGACGGCGCCAACCUGCUCACGAUCGCCGACGAACGGGCGAUCGGCGAGAGUGACGUGAUCAUGUCCUUUCUCAACAAAGCCAACCGCCAUCUGCCCAAGAUCCGGCAUCAUCGCGGUGGCCAUCGGCUGUGGUUCGACACGGCCGAGAUCGAUGCGGAGCGGGACAACAAUCAGCUGCUGUACGCGAGCUUGCGCAUGUACAAGAACCGCACGACCGAGCGGCCCUGGGAUGCGAUUGUCCGGGGCCGGCAGAUAGUGGUGCGUGCGUCACUGAUCGGUGGGUACGAUGCGUCAAAGGAUGGGCAUCGGUUGGAGCUGGUGGCGGAACAAUCGGUACCGUACAACUACGACGGCUGGGUCGAGCUGAACGCUACCCAGGCCAUGCAACGGUGGGUCGUCGAGCGGGUCGCCAAUAAGGGCAUUUUCGUUGAGGUUUACUAUGCGGAAAGCCCACGGAAGGAGAUCCUGCCGCACGAGGUCGGUUUGAUCCUGUCGAACCGGUUCGGUCGCUAUCAACCGUUUCUCGUGGGCUACUGCAAGGGACCGGAGCUGGUCAAACCGACGGCAGCCCUUGCCGGUGGCAGUGGGACGGUCGGGGGGCGCUCGAAACGUAGCGUCCGGCGAAAGGCGGGAACCGGCACUGGGAAGCGUAGCGAUCGGGUGCGAAAUCCGUUCCUGGAGCGGUUCGGCGGCGGUGGCGAACGGCACAAAAGCUGCCAGAUACAGACGCUGUACGUGAGCUUCCGGGAUCUGAACUGGCAGGAUUGGAUUAUCGCGCCGGACGGGUUCGGGGCGUUCUUUUGCUUCGGCGAGUGUAACUUCCCGCUCAACACGCACAUGAACGCGACGAACCAUGCGCUGAUACAGACGCUGGUGCAUCUGAUGCAUCCGACGCGCGUCCCGAAACCGUGCUGUGCACCGACCAAGCUGAAUCCGAUCUCGGUGCUGUAUCAUAUCGAUGAUGCGAACAUCAAUUUGAAAAAGUAUAAAAAUAUGGUCGUUAAGAGUUGUGGGUGUCUGUAG